CACGCCACGUCGUCCGCAUAAGUAGAAGAAGAAAGUGAGGCUGCUGUAAAGGAAAUAUCACAUACAUGAAACACAUCCCCUUUUUACCCCGCACUUCUUCCCGCUCCCUCAGCGCGCUGCCGAACGGCAGUAGUAACAUCAGCGGUUUACUUAACUUUCGUGUGUGUUGUUUGUGUAUCCAUUAGCCCCGUGAUUUUUUCUUUAUCCCCGUAGACGAGUGACCCUAUCAACCCAUAAAACUUUCGAGGAGUUAAUCAUCGUCGUCAUCGUCGUCGUCUUCGGCGACUGAUUGAUUGGUGAAAAAAAAAACUUGGCAGUCGAAAUGCCACUGAGACUGGACAUCAAGCGCAAGCUCACAGCGAGGUCUGAUCGCGUGAAAUGCGUCGACCUACAUCCUACCGAGCCUUGGAUGCUCUGUUCGCUGUACCAGGGCAAUGUCAACAUCUGGAACCACGAAAGUCAGACGCUUGUCAAGACCUUCGAGGUUUGCGAUCAGCCUGUCAGGGCAGCCAAGUUUGUGCCAAGAAAAAACUGGGUGAUCACGGGCUCGGAUGACAUGCAAAUCAGAGUUUUCAAUUACAACACCCUUGAGCGUGUGCACUCCUUUGAGGCACACAGUGACUACGUCAGGUGUAUCGUCAUUCAUCCCACGCAGCCUUUCAUCCUCACCAGCAGUGAUGAUCUGCUGAUAAAGCUUUGGAAUUGGGAAAAGGCAUGGCUCUGUCAACAGGUGUUUGAAGGCCACACUCAUUACGUCAUGCAAAUAGUCAUCAAUCCCAAAGAUAAUAACACAUUUGCCAGUGCAUCUCUUGAUAGGACCCUGAAGGUCUGGCAAUUGGGUUCGUCCACCGCGAACUUUACGCUUGAGGGACAUGAGAAAGGCAUCAAUUGUGUCGAUUACUAUCACGGUGGGGAUAAGCCUUACUUGAUCUCUGGUGCUGACGAUCGUUAUGUCAAAAUAUGGGAUUACCAAAACAAAACGUGUGUACAAACUUUGGAAGGCCACACUCAAAACAUAUCAGCUGUUUGUUUUCAUCCCGAGCUGCCCAUUAUUUUAACCGGCUCGGAAGAUGGUACAGUAAGAAUUUGGCAUGCUGGUACUUACAGACUGGAAUCACCAUUGAACUAUGGUUUUGAGAGAUUGUGGUCGAUUGCUUGCAUGAAAGGCUCAAAUAAUGUUGCUCUUGGUUACGACGAGGGUAGCGUUAUGAUAAAAGUGGGUCGCGAAGAGCCUGCUGUGUCCAUGGAUUCAUUAGGUGGUAAGAUAGUCUGGGCCAAACACAGCGAAAUUCAGCAAGUGAAUCUCAAAGCUUUAGGUGAAGAGGUUCAGGAUGGCGAGAAAUUGCCAUUGGUCGUGAAAGACAUGGGUGCUUGUGAAAUUUAUCCUCAAACCAUACAGCACAGUCCAAAUGGAAGGUUUUUGGUGGUAUGUGGUGAUGGAGAAUACAUCAUUUACACCUCAAUGGCGCUUAGAAACAAAGCUUUUGGCCAAGCAUUUGAAUUCGUUUGGGCCUCAGACUCCAGUAAUUCCAGUUAUUAUGCGGUAAGAGAAAGCUCUACGACCGUCAAAGUAUUUAAGAAUUUUAAAGAAAAGAAGAGCUUUAAGCCGGACUUUGGAGCUGAUAGUGUUUUUGGCGGCUUUUUUCUGGGCAUAUAUUCGAGUUCAGGUCUCUCGUUCUACGAUUGGGAUACACUGAAGCUCAUACGUCGCAUUGAAAUUCAGCCGACCCAUGUUUACUGGACAGAGAACGGUUCUCUUGUUGCACUUGCUACGACCGACCAGUAUUUCAUCCUCAAGUACGUUGCCGAACUUGUCGAAGAAUCCAGCGAAAAUGCAGAGGAUAUCGAAGGAGCUUUCGAGAUAAUUGCAGAAAUGAACGACGUAGUAAAGACCGGUUUGUGGGUCGGCGACUGUUUCAUUUACACAAACAGUGUAAACAGAGUAAAUUACUUUGUUGGAGGUGAAGUCGUCACCAUAUCACAUUUGGAUAGACCAAUGUACUUGCUGGGCUACGUUCAAAAGGACAAUAGAUUAUAUCUAUGCGACAAAGAACUGUCUGUGGUAUCUUAUUCGUUACUAUUGUCUGUUUUGGAGUACCAGACUGCCGUAAUGCGAAAAGAUUUUGAAACUGCGAACAAGGUGCUACCCACUCUCCCCAAAGAGCAUCGCACUCGUGUCGCUCAUUUCCUAGAAAAACAAGGUUACAAGGAACAAGCUCUUGCAGUGUCGACAGAUCCAGAGCACAGAUUCGAGCUUGCUCUGUCCCUCAAAAAUCUCGAAACGGCAUACGAACUCGCGAAAGAGGCCAACAUUCAGCAAAAAUGGCGUCAACUAGCUGCUCUGGCGACGCAGCAGGGAAAACUCCGCCUUGCUCAGGAAUGCUUGCACAAUGCCGAAGAUUUUGCUGGGCUUCUUCUUCUUGCGACAAGUACUGGCAACGCGAACAUGGUUGAAAAAUUAGCAACCUCUUCUGACGACGCUGGAAAAAAUAAUAUCUCAUUCUUGUCGUACUUCAUGCUCGGCGACAUCGAUAAGUGCCUAGACAUUUUGAUCAAGACCGAUCGGAUACCGGAGGCGGCAUUCUUUGCCCGGACAUACGCACCGAGCAAAAUUUCGCCCAUAGUUAAAUUGUGGAAAGAAAAACUGUCAGCAGUAAAUGAAAAAGCUGGUCAGAGUUUAGCAGAUCCAGAACAGUACGAGAACUUGUUCCCUGGCUACAGAGAGUCGUUGGAAGUUGAAAAAUUCAUGAGGGAAAAGUACAAGAAGCGCAUACCCGCUUCGUCGUACCCUACUUUAACACCAAAUAUUAAGCGAAACGCUAAAGAAGAGUAUUUAGCGGAAAUGGGGGAAGCGUCGUCGAGUCACAGUGAUGAACCUCAUCCUAUAGAGAAUGGUGGAGAUGAUGUGGCAGCGAUCACAAAUAUUUUAAAUAACAUCGGCAUUGAAAACCAAAUGUCAGCGUCGACAAUUACAAAGACAGUGCCUGGCAAGUCCUUGAGCACUACGAGACCACUUACAGUCGACGACGAUGAUCUUGAUCUCGAUCUCGAAAUUGAUGAGAACAUUGACACUAGUGAUGUCAAUUUAGAUGAUGAAAUUCUGGAUGACUGAUGAGGAAAAUUGAAAACCAAAUUCAACUAAAAGUAAUUAUAAAACCAGCAUAUUCAAUGGACAAGGAGCACUAAAUGAACGAGGCACAUGAAUAACAAGUGAGCUCUGUUUGGCAAAGUUCUCGAGAGACAUUCGUUUUUUACCACAUGUCAUUCCUCGCACGGGAAACUUAGAUGUGGAGUCUAAACAAGUCUAAAAGUGUCAUUAACACAAGUGCAUUUUUUUAACACUAUACGACCGUGUGCACGCCGCGUAAGCGAGGGAGGAUGGCUCUGUGGCUCAUUGUAAAAAGAAUGAUUAACAAAAUAAAAAUAAAAAUCGAGAUUCUCGAUGCCGUCCUCGCCUCGCCUUCACACAAACUUUUGUGUCUUAACGUUAUUUCGCCUCUUUUUGUAAGAUCGCGUAUGAUGUCUCGCAAAGUGCGUGUGCGUGUGUGUGUGUAUGAGUAUGUAAUGUUAAACUUUUACAUCUAAAGUCUUGCGUACGCGUGGCGCUAUUAUUAUUACAGUGAAAUAAUAGUUAUAUGAAUAUAUAACUACAAUACAUACAUUUACAUAUAUAUAAAAAUGAACCAAGGCACGAGGAAUAAUGAUAUUUCCUCUAUCUUGUUGCUAAGACAAAAAGAAAAUGGUGUAAGAAUUUUGUCACUUUUUUCAUUCCACAGACAAGACGCUGAUGUCCCGUAUUACUUACUCUCAAAUUAUUUUGUGUAAUUGAUUUUUUUUUUUUUUUUCCUGUUACAACAGUGUUUUUAUAGAGUAAUAUACAUUGUUUUGUAAUGAUAUGGGAUUCUGAAUAUUUUAAAUAUACGAGAGGAUAUUUUUGAAUGGGUGAUUGAAUUCUGCAUAAAGCAGAGCAUCAAUUGAUUCGAUUGACUGUAGAAAUUGUGAAUUUUAUGAAUUAUAUUAUAUUCUUAUCGUUAUUUUAAUAAAUUUCUUAAUGUAUAUUA